AUGCCUCAGUUCAACGGAAAAUAUGUUUCUUGGGCACAUACUGUUGUCGCAUAUGCCGCCUUCGUUGGCGCCUUUAUAGUCGGCGUUUCUCUCCACUACCACAAAAUCGUGCAAAACGAGCACUAUGGCUACCCCGACGAAUGGUUCCCCUCCGUCUCUGCGACAAUCGGCGACCGAUAUCCUGAACGGUCUGUCUUUAUGGUCUUUAUCGCUAUCACCUCUGGACCACGCUUUGUUUUAGUUGGACUGUGGUACAUACUCACGAGGAGGCCAAACACGAGUUUACCCGGGAUCAUAGCAGCAACCGGCUUGUUUAGAACAUUGACAUGUGGAGGUUGGACAUAUGUGACAUCCACGGAUGAUCACGAUUGGCAUGAUAUCUUCAUGAUAUCCUACCUAGUUGCAACAUUGCCAUGGACGCUGGGUUGCCUUGCGUUGAGCCCUCCAAAUCCUACUGCUAUCAAGUACAGAAAGGUUUUGGCUGGGCUUUUCUUCGGAACUCUUGUGCCACUUGUGUACUGGUUCAUCCAGCACAAGGUUCAUAAGAGGGCUGGUGGUAGGCCUCCCAAUCCUCCCCUGAAGUCUUUAUCUGACAGCAGAGCAGCAUACACGAUCUAUGCAUUCUUUGAAUGGUCACUUAUCUUGUUUGACGUCGCCUUUGACGCAGUCACUGCCCUUGAUUUCCAGACAUUUGAGCUUGUGGUAAGAGACGUCAAGGGCCUCAGCAGAGGUGAUGCCAAACUUCUGAAAGAGUCGGUGAAAGAGAAAGACCACGAUAGUUCCCUUAUUCAAACAUCUACAUUCGAAGGACCUUACUACUGGCCUGCUAUACUCGACGCACUAGCCGAGAUCCUCCACGGAUACUUCUUUUGGUCUAUCCUAACCUCUCUGGGAUUGCUUGUGUGGUAUUUCCCACUCUGGCAUAUGGGAAUUUCAGGUUACGAAGUCAUGGUCAUGUCUACAAUUUCCCCCUUGAUGCUUGGAGUUCCUUUCAUCAGGUCCCUUUGCAUCAAAUACAACCGCUGGAUCCACAUGUCUACCAUGGCCGGUCUUCUGGCUUGGCUUGUGAAAGACCCAGCAAAUCGAUUGUUCACGGUUGGCUUCGCCGUGUGGAUGGGGUGUCUGGGAUGGUCGGCGGAAUGGUAUGCUGAAAGACGCAAUUCCGCACGCCUCCAAAGAAGAGUUCUUGCUUGGAGUAUUGGGUUGAUUUUGUCCAGCAUCUCUAAAUUCGCCAACCACACUAACAAUCCAGUUUGGCCUAUCCUCCAUGCAGGCAUCGGAGGCUGGAACAAGACGGCCUUGCUAGCAGCCAUGUUUGCAAUCUGGAGGUCAACCCGCCCAGUGACAACUAGCGGAGGCGAUUUUGUCCCGCUCAAUGCUAAGAAAGGUUCGAGUUUGCUGGCAGGGCUCGGAUUUGGAGGUCUCAUGUUUGCCAUGCACUCUCUGCUUUCAGAUUCUAGCACCAUGAUCUUAUGGGUCUGGGAAGGGUAUCCUGUAAGAGGACCACUAGCAGCGCCUCACGGGGCUGUCACCUUGAUCUGCAUGAGCGCGGGCGUGUUCUUUGGUAUUGCUCUUCCUGGAUUCUUUGCAUCCUGGACCGCCUUUGGCUUAGGCGCUGUUGGCGCAGCCUUGCUCACCCUCUACAGCAACUGGACCGGAUACUAUGGUGGCCUUCUCCUAGCCUUUUACAUUAUGGGAGUUGCUCCAGUCAUCAUCUCGUCAGCCGUUCAGCACAACCCAGCCGCAACCUUCGGCUUCGGAUUCUUUUGCUACAAUAUUAUGGUCCUCUUUCAUGUGUGGGUGGUUGCAUAUGCCUUUGUGCCAGGUGGACCACUCGUGAGGGAACACACCGACUGGGUGAUGAUCACUACUAUAUUGAUGAUCGGUGCGGGCGUUUUCUCGGCGCUGAUCACCAAUUCUACGCAUAAACAGAAGUCUACGUCGAGCCCGCGAGGACGCAAGCAAACGGCUUACUUCGUCCACAUUCUGCUCGCCUUGCAGCUUCUGACAGGCUCAAUUGCUUACCUGCGAUUCCCUACCAAUGACUACACCCCUUACCACAGAGACGAGAAGUUAAUUACUGCCGGCAUCUGGACCAUUCACUUUUCCCUUGACAAUGACAUGUGGUCCUCCGAGCGGAGAAUGCGUGAUGCCAUUAAAGAGUUGGAGCUUGACGUGGUUGGCUUGCUGGAGUCCGACUUACAACGUAUCAUCAUGGGCAAUCGUGACACCACCCAGUACCUGGCGGAAGAUCUUGGCAUGUAUGUUGAUUAUGGCCCUGGACCCAACAAGCACACAUGGGGAUCAGCACUGCUGUCGAAGUUUCCAAUCGUCAACUCUACACACCACCUCCUCCCCUCUCCCGUGGGCGAGCUGGCACCCGCUAUUGAGGCUACUUUGGAUGUGUACGGUACCUUGGUGGAUGUUUUCGUCUUCCACUCGGGCCAGGAAGAAGACCCGGAAGAUCGUCGCCUGCAGUCCGAGUAUCUUGCCAAGGUUAUGAAGGCUAGCCCUCGACCCGCUAUCCUGCUCAGCUACCUCGUGAUCAAACCGAAAGAGGGCAACUACCACACAUACGUGGGCGAGAAGAGCGGUAUGCAUGACAUCGAUGAGAGCGACUGGGAUCGAUGGUGCGAAUAUAUACUGUACAAGGAUAUCAAGAGAGUUGGAUAUGCUCGUGUCAGCCGGGGCACUAUUACAGACACAGAGAUCCAGGUGGGCAAGUUUGUGGUUGGAGAACCCGCGUCUUACACGAACGAGAGGAUACCGGAGGACCAGGUUCGACCAGGAAGAAGGUUCCCUGCGCUCUUCCGUGGCGAGGGAGUUCGCGGUCAUCGAUACCAUGUUUUCGAUGAGCCGUGGUAUUACGCAUAA